AUGAUCAACCCUCACUACAAGCCUCUGCUCGAUCAAAUCAAUGAGCUGGAAAAUUCAAGAAGACUUCAAGAAUGCAAGCUCGUGGAGGAACGGACUCGCCAUGCAAAGACUUUGAAAGAUUUAGAAGAACUCAAUUUGAAGUUGGAGAAGAUGUUCUCAUCUGAAGCUUUGCUCAAGGAGAAAAUUACUCAUCUUGAAUCCGAAACAAGAAAUGAAAGCAAAAUUCACGAGCAAUUGAAAAAUUCAGUCAAGUAUUGCAAACAAGAAGAAGAGGUCUUUGAAAAGCAUGUUGCUUCUUACCGAACCACUGUUGAGUUAAAGAUCACUGAACUAAAAGCUCAACUCGAUGAGGCCGAAAAGAAUUAUACCAAGGCUCUUGAGAUGUGGAACUGCUGUCCAAAUUUGAAAGGAGUUGAGAGUUUAAAGAAACAAGUCGAAGAACUUGAAGCAAAGCUUAGACAUGAUGAAAGUCAACUCGAAGAGAAAGCUCAACGAAAUACUUCCAUAGAACAUGAGAUUAGAAUGCUCAAAGAACAGCACUCUGAAAUGGUUCACUUGUCAGCAUCCCUGUUGAACACCAUUGAAAAGACAAAGCACGAUCUUCAAGAGCUUUCCAUCAAAAUGUCCCAACAACCUCCUCACAACAAGAGUGUUAUUGACACUUCCAAAGCAGAGUCCAUGAUUUCCGAAUUUCAAAAAGAAAUCAAGACUCUACAGAACGAGUUAACAGCAUUCGAAUCCUUCAACAAUGAUCUUCGGCAAGACAUUGAAAAUCAAGAACGUCUCCAGGAGGCCUUACAUCAAAUGAUUGGCAACAAGCUUUGUAUGAAUUGCUUAGCUGAUGCUCUACAUCUACCACAACAAUAA